AUGAGUUCCUAUUUUGUAAACUCAACUUUCCCAGUGACUCUGCCCGGAGGACAGGAGUCUUUCUUGGGACAGAUACCGUUAUAUUCCUCCGGAUACACAGACCCUUUACGACACUAUCCCGGUGCUGCUUAUGGAGGUUCCAGUGUCCAAGAGAAGGCGUACCCAUCCUCCUUUUACCAACAAGCGAACGGCGCUUACAGCAGGGCAACCGCCGCUGGUCCAUGCGAUUAUGCGACAGCAAGCUUUUACAGGGAAAAGGACCCUGCCUGCGCCCUCGCCAGCAUAGAGGAGCACUCGUUCGUUCUCAGUCAGGAUCAUCGCAAGACAGACUGCACGGGCUCGACGGGGAAAAGCAUCUACCCUGAGGCCGACGAACAGAAGCCGUCAGCGCCGGUUUACCCUUGGAUGCAACGGAUGAACUCAUGUAACGGGACCUUCGGUAACGCUGGUCGAAGGGGUCGCCAGACGUACACUCGCUACCAGACGUUAGAAUUGGAGAAAGAGUUCCACUUUAACAGGUAUCUGACCCGAAGACGCCGCAUUGAGAUUGCGCACGCACUGUGCCUGACUGAACGUCAGAUAAAGAUAUGGUUCCAAAACCGGCGAAUGAAAUGGAAAAAGGAGAACAAACUGAUCAACUGUUCACAAACCAGUGGAGAAGAGGAGGAGGAGAAGAGGACAGAAUGA